AUGGAUUUGCAAAUUGUAGCUGACAAAUGUCAACAAUUGAUUAACGAAAAUGAAGUAACGAUAUUUAGUAAAACUACGUGCCCGUUUUGCACCCGAGUAAAAUUACUUUUUCAAUCGCUUAACAUAACUCCUGUCGUGUACGAGUUGGAUAAAGAAUCCGAUGGAGCUUUAGUUCAAAAAUAUUUGUACGAAUUAACAAAACAGAGAACGGUGCCGAACGUGUUUGUUCAAUCGAAACACGUCGGCGGGUGCGAUGACACAAUGAAAGCAUACGGAAACGGAUCACUUCUCAACCUUUUGAAAGGUGAUCCGACGACGACGACGACUCCUCAAGAAAAAGUUCAGAAACUCACACAGGAUCAUACCGUGAUUAUUUUCAGUAAGACGUCAUGUCACAAUUCAACCAAGGUAAAAGCACUGUUCAAAAAUAUAGGAAUAAAACCGAAAAUGUUUCACUUGGAUAAGGAACCGGAUGGCCUUCUCAUACAAGAAUAUUUACGAAUGGCUACCAAAUCGAAUUUUACUCCGCACGUAUACGUGAGAGGAAAACUCAUCGGAGGAUUAGAAGAAACUGCGAGAGCUUUCGGAGAAGGCGAAAUAAAACGUCUUCUCGCCAUGCCGAACAUGACACCCUAUGAAAAAAAAUUUAACGAAUUACUUAAACAAAAUGAAAUUUUAAUUUUUGCUAAUUCAAUGCCUGAUACUUAUAAGAUAAAGGAUGUAUUUUACAGACUCGGAGUUAAACCCGCCGUUUACAGUUUGGAAGACGAAACGGACGGGGAUGAAAUUCAACAAGUUAUCAAAGAAAAAACAAAUACGAAUAAUUUACCCCAAGUUUUCGUUCAGGGAACGAAUUUGGGGGGUCACGACGAAGUCAUGGAACAUUUCGAAAGUGGAAAAUUAAGUCAAUUGGUCAAAGGAUCAUCGGAUGCAAAUGAAAUAAGUCAAUACGAUUAUGAUUUGGUUGUUGUCGGUGGAGGUUCCGGAGGAUUGGCAGCCGCCAAGGAGGCAGCGACUUUGGGUAGGACCGUGGCUUUGUGCGAUUUCGUCAAACCUACUCCCAUGGGUACGACCUGGGGUUUGGGAGGCACUUGCGUCAAUGUUGGAUGCAUACCUAAAAAAUUGAUGCAUCAAGCUUCAAUUCACGCCGAAAAUCAUCAUGAUUCCUCAAGUUUCGGUUGGAACUUUCACACUUCCGAUGGACAUCACACGUGGGAAACUAUGGUCGAAAACGUGCAAAAUUACAUAAAAUCUUUGAAUUUCGGUUAUCGAAAGGAAUUGAACAAGAGAAAGGUUAAAUAUUUGAACGCUUAUGCCGAAUUCGUGGCACCACACAAAUUGAAACUCACCAAUAAAAAGGGAGAAGUGAGCGAAGUCUCGGCAAAAGAUAUUAUAAUAGCGGUCGGAGGUAGACCCGCGUACCCAAAUGUACCCGGUGCAAAAGAAUUUUGUAUUACGUCAGACGAUUUGUUUUCACUGUCGAAACCUCCGGGGAAAACUCUCAUAGUAGGAGCAUCGUACAUAGCAUUGGAAUGCGGAGGUUUUCUUAAGGGAUUAGGCUAUGACGUCACAAUAAUGGUGCGAUCCAUAUUGCUUCGAGGAUUCGAUCGUCAAAUUGCCGACUUGAUCGGUGAACACAUGGAAAAAAUAGGGAUUAAAUUUGUGAAGGAAUACGAGCCGAUCGGAUUUAAUAAAACAAACGAGGGUAAAAUAAAAGUGGCAGCUAAAUCGAAAAAAGGAGAUGAAAUCGUCGUCUCCGGAUUUGACACCGUGGUAUUAGCCAUCGGGAGAGAAGCCUGUACCGGAAAAUUAGGCCUUGAAAAUUUACCAAAUUUAAAAAUAAAUCCAAAAAAUAAAAAAAUAAUCGUGGACGAAUUUGAAAGAUCAUCGGUGCCGCACGUGUACGCCAUCGGUGACGUCAUCGAUGGAAAACCCGAACUCACUCCGGUAGCCAUACACGCUGGAAAAUACUUGGCACAGCGUAUAUGCGGCGUCCACAACAAAACGACGAAUUACAAGCAAGUUCCCACGACGGUAUUCACCCCCCUGGAAUACGGCACGGUCGGACUCUCGGAGGAAGAAGCUUUUAACAUUUUCGGAAAAGAAAACAUUGUGGUUUAUCACAAUGCAUUUAAACCAUUGGAACACGCACUUUCCCGGGAGGACACACUCGGUUACGCAAAAUUGAUUUGCGUCAAAAGUUUAGAAGAACUCGUCGUGGGUUUUCACGUUCUCUCUCCAAAUGCUGGAGAAAUCACUCAAGGCUACGCCAUCGCGCUUAAGUUAAACGCAAAGAAAAGCGAUUUUGACGACCUCAUAGGAAUUCAUCCAACUUGCGCCGAGAUAUUCACGACGCUGAGUAGGGUCAAAAAUCCUGAAGAUAAACCGCCGGAAACGACGGCUUGCUGA